GACGUAUGUAAUUGCGGCCCCUCCGAAAGCGUCACUGAACCCCGGUACGGUUACGAAGCACAUCACUCAUUCUGUUCAUCAGGAGCUGCGGCUGUGGCAGAUUGGGAUAUUCGAAUACCGGUGAAGCUCCAUCAAGCUUCGUUUUGUCUACAUUCUAGCUUCUUGGUUUGCCAUCUUGAAGUUCUCCGACGCUACUCUUCUUGUCAACUGCUGUUUGUGUGUCCUGAAAAGCAGGCAAUAUGCAGGCCAGUGAUAGGUUUAACAUCAAUUCCCAACUUGAGCACCUCCAAGCUAAAUAUGUUGGAACUGGGCAUGCAGAUUUAAAUAGAUUUGAGUGGGCAGUGAACAUUCAACGUGAUAGCUAUGCUUCAUAUGUUGGCCACUAUCCCAUACUGGCAUACUUUGCUGUAGCUGAAAAUGAAUCAAUUGGAAGAGAACGCUACAGCUUCAUGCAGAAAAUGCUCCUGCCCUGUGGUCUGCCUCCUGAAAGAGAAGAAGAUUAAGGAUUACCAUCUGGAUCAAUAAUACAACUUCCCUUUUGGUCAUCAGAAGUGGUAGGCUUUUAAGUGUUUGUUAUAGUACUAUGUUGUUCAAAUUGAGAACAAUUAUGGAUUGUUAUGUUUGUAUAUUAAUAUGAUACUCAUUAGAGAUUGCUGCAUCGUCCUUUAAUGCUUGCCGAGUAUUUGCUAUAUAUCUUGGAAAAUUAGAUCAUGGAAUAAUGUUUUUAACUAUUCUGGAUGUUCUCUUAUGAGUUAUCAUAGGAUUGAUCCUUAAAAAA